CACACGCAUACACUUCGUAUACCUGUCCAUGAUCUCGUACUACAUUUGUGAUUCACGCAUACACACUUGCUCGCGCACGCACACACCCGUAUAUGCGCUCUCUGUUCUAUAUUCAGUGAAUCACUUGUUGACAUUUUGUUGACUGCGCUAUAUACACGCACCUUGUUAUAUAUACGUGUAAAUUCGUGCUCGCGAGCAGCAGCAGCAGGCAUCAUCCUCUAUUAAGUACAUCGGCUGUUAUAUAAAUAAACAAUAAUAACAAUAAUCGUGCUCAACAAACGCACAGCUUCUUUUUAUACACACUCGCACACCCGCGUUCAACACACGCGUAAAACCUACAAGAAUACCUACGCAACACCCAUAUAAUACAGAAAGAAAAAGAGAGAGAGAGAUACGCGUAGAUCUACCGAAGAAUCUCAUAAAAGACGAUCAAAAUGGGUUGUGCAUCGGGCUGCGUCAGAUGGCUUCUUUUCCUCUUCAAUUUUCUUUUCGCCUUGGGCGGACUGGCCAUCCUCGCUAGCGGUGUAGCUAUCCGCGUAAAUCUCUCCGACUAUGAGCAAUUCAAAGAUACGCCAGUUUCCGUCAUCCCUGCGUCCUUGCUCAUCACAAUUGGCGCCAUUAUCUUCGUCAUUGCUUUCUUUGGAUGCUGCGGGGCGUUGCGCGAGAGCUAUUGCAUGAUCAUCAUGUUCGCUCUUUUGCUCAUACUCCUGCUCAUUGCUCAAGUCAGCGCAGGAGCUUAUGCCUUUGUCAAGUUCAAAGACUCCAAUCUCGAGGAAAAAUUCAACGAAGGUCUUGAGAAAUCUUACCUACAGUAUUUCACGGGUCCUACUCAAAUAAAGGACGGUAUUGAUGCCAUGCAAGGUUUAGUCGAGUGCUGUGGUUACAAUGGACCCAACGAGUUCCCCAACUUACUUGGAAAUGAUAAACAUAUUAUACCAGGUAGCUGCUGCAGAAAGUAUGGUGAGGAAGACGCAGACGUUUGUAGUCCGAAUGAGGCAUUCCGAAAAUCCUGCAAGGAAGAAGUAUUCCCAUUCUUGAUGAAGUACGCUGUUAUUUUGGCAGCACUUUGUAUUUCUGUUGCAUUUAUUGAACUGAUUGGUGUGAUAUUUGCCUUUUGCCUUGCUAGUUCUGUAAGGAAUGCCGAACGAGGUUAUAAAGUUUAAUAAAAUCAUUAUUAAAUGGGGCCAUAUAGUACACAAAGCUACAAUUCAAUGAUAAUAAAUGAGUUGGGAGGUGCUGACAAUGUUUUGAAAUAUAAAUUCUAAGUUUUCAUUUGUCUAAGUACCCUAUAAGGAAAAAAACAGGGUGAUUAAAAAGUUGAUGAUUCAAGAAUUAUUCUGAAUAAAAUUUGUUACAAGACACUAGUUUUCCACACUGUAUUUCAAUAGAUUGUUUAAAUAAGUUAUUCAGUGUGCAAAUAAAAUAUAUAUAAAAUUUAUAUAAAUGUACAUUGUAAGCUUUCAACUGCUUGAUUUUGUCAGAAUGCACAAAAAAUAUGAUUGAUUAUAAAAAAUCACUGCUGAACAUUAACACAAAGUAUUGCAACAAAACAGCAUUUUCAAUAGGAUUUGAUAUACGUUUUGACAAAUAUGUAACGUCUAACAAAUGCAAAAUAAAAUUUGUAAUUUUCUAAACAAAAGUAUAUAUAUUAAAUACAAGUAUAUUUUUCAUUCU